UGUCCGUGGGGAGCGCCUAAGCCUACAUCAAUAUCAUGUUCCCUUGCUGAUGUAAUGAGUGAACAGCUGGCAAAAGAAUUGCAGCUGGAAGAAGAAAAUGCUGCUUUUCCUGAAGUGGUUGCUGUUGCUGAAGGACCAUUUAUUACAGGAGAAAAUAUCGACACCUCUAGUGACCUAAUGCUAGCUCAGAUGCUGCAGAUGGAAUUUGACAGGGAAUAUGAUGCACAGCUUCGGCGUGAAGAGAAGAAGUUCAAUGGAGAUAGCAAAGUCUCCAUAUCCUUCGAAAAUUAUCGGAAGGUGCAUCCCUUUGAUAGUGACAGUUCAGAGGAUGAGGUUGAUUGGCAGGAUACCCGACAUGAUCCUUAUAGAGCAGAUAAACCUACUACCACCCCAAAAAGGGGCUUCAUUGGAAAGGGAAAAGACAUUACCACUAAACAUGAUGAAGUGGUAUGUGGAAGAAAGAACACUGCUCGCAUGGAAAAUUUUGCACCUGAAUUCCAAGUUGGGGAUGGAAUUGGGAUGGACUUAAAGCUGUCCAAUCAAGUCUUCAAUGCCUUAAAGCAACAUGCGUACUCUGAGGAACGUCGAAGUGCAAGGCUCCAUGAAAAGAAGGAGCACUCGACUGCUGAGAAAGCAGUGGAUCCGAAGACACGUUUACUUCUGUACAAGAUGGUCAAUGCUGGGAUGCUAGAGACCAUAACGGGCUGCAUCAGCACAGGAAAAGAAUCUGUUGUUUUUCAUGCAUAUGGAGGAAAAAGUACAAAUGAAGAUGAUAAAGUUAUACCUCCAGAAUGUGCCAUCAAAGUGUUUAAAACAACUCUUAAUGAAUUCAAGAACCGUGACAAAUAUAUUAAAGAUGAUUACAGAUUUAAAGACCGCUUCAGUAAAUUGAAUCCACGUAAGAUUAUUCGGAUGUGGGCUGAGAAAGAAAUGCACAACUUGACAAGAAUGCAAAAUGCAGGAAUACCUUGUCCUCAAGUGGUUAUCCUUAAGAAACAUGUCUUGGUUAUGUCUUUCAUUGGCCAGGAUCAAGUCCCAGCUCCUAAACUAAAGGAUGUAAAACUUAGUAGUGAAGAUAUGAAAAAGGCCUACUAUCAGAUUCUUAAUAUGAUGCAACGGUUGUAUAAAGAGUGCAAUCUGGUCCAUGCUGAUCUGAGUGAAUACAACAUGCUUUGGCAUGAUGGAAAGGUCUGGCUUAUUGAUGUCAGUCAGUCUGUUGAGCCAACCCAUCCUCAUGGGCUUGAGUUUUUGUUCAGAGACUGUAGGAAUGUUUCACAGUUCUUCCAGAAAGGAGGUGUGACAGAAGCACUUAAUGAGCGUGAACUCUUCAAUGCUGUCUCAAAUUUAAAUAUUGCAGCUGACAAUGAAGUAGACUUCCAAGCAGAGAUUGAAGCUUUAGAGAAGGUGAAUGAAGAUCACGUGCAGAAACAUGGAAAGAAAGUGUCUGCAUUUCCAAGUGAUGGAGACCCGCCUAUAUAUGAUGAAUAGCACUGAGUGUAAAGCUGCUAAAAGAAGAAACACAAAUUUGCUGCUUCUGACUAUGUUGGUGCAGUGGUAAACGUCAGCUACCACUGUUGAGAGGGUGGUUGACUUCAAAUACCAAAAUGGAAAACAGCAAGCAUAUGGUGAUGUGUCAGUGUGUGUGUUUUUUUGUUUUGUUUUUUUGUUUUUUUUAAACUUAGCCCACACAUGAGGCUGGCACUGUGAGAAUGGAAUGUCACUGCCUCUAUGGAUGUUCUGACACUUUCACCAACUGUCCAGUUACAUUAGACUAAUGUAGCUGAGGUGGUCAUGUUUUGCAUGAUUCAGAGCUUAUAUGUUUUAGUAUUUAAAAAAACGAAUUGAAUUCUAGAUUGUCUAAAGUAUUUAUGGGAAAGCACUCUAGAAGAGUCCCUUCUUCUCUUUCCUAUUGUUACUUGAAAAGCUAGUUGGAAAUCGUUUAUAGGCACAGUGUCAAAGCCUUUCACCCUUCUCCCCUGAGAGCAAAAUGAAAAGUCAAACUACGGGCUGCAAUCAUAUGAAAAUGCUAAUUUAACAAAACAAUGUCUCUAUAUAUGCAAAAAUCUGGACUUUCCCAUUUGAAGUAAAUGGGAGUGUGGCACAAACUACCUCUGCGAAUGUAUUUGGGUAUUCCAUGAGAAACCAGCCAGCAGAGGAGGACUUUGGAAUACCAGGAAAUACUGGGGGCUGCGAUCUGGCUGCACAGCAAAGAGGAAGUUCAGUUAGCUUCAUUCUUAACAAAGAGGUAUUUCCCAGGACUUAGUGCAAGCCAAAAGCAAUUCUCUGUAUUAAUUUUGUAGCCUACACUGGAAUUCUGAGUUCAGCAUCAUUUUCAUUCACCUGAAAAGUAAUCAUAGACUAUGAGAGCCAAAUCCGAUUAGAAUUAUUUUUGAAAGAAGCUUUUUGCAUACAGGUGCACAAAUAAAGCUCAAAAGUAUUUGUCUCUAAUGCUUUUAUUCUCAAUGUCAGUCUUUCUGAAUGUUUGUGUGUAACACUUUUGUAAUUUUUAGCCAGCUCUAACAAUCUUGCAGAGUUUCUCUCCAUGUUUAAAGAUAAACUAAUGUAGCGUGAUGGUUUGGAAUUAAAUUCUGAUCAACUUUUUAACUUCUUGAUUGCUCUUUCUGAUGCUGCUCUUUAUCAAGCAGAAUAUAGUGUUGCUAGGUGUGACAUUCUCACAGUGUGCUGUGAAAGUGUUUUUGUUUUUUUCUAUUGGAAAACUGAUGGCAAAGUAAAAACUUAAGAUCUUGUAGUAGCAUUUUUUGGUGUGGUUCUUUGUAAAAGCAGUUCAUUGGUCAUCCUUAAUCCUCAAUACUACGCUGAAGUGGCGUUAGGGUGCAGCUACACUAGCUCAUUAUAACAUUAAAAUAAUUGACUGUUUUGAUGGCUACUUUAAAUAA